CCCCUGAUAAAUUCGGAGCCGCCAGAGCCUACAGAAGACCUUAAGGCAUUUGAGCGACGUCUCCGAGAGAUCAUGGACGGCCUUCAGCCCAAAGCGCGAUUCUGGCGCCUGCUUCUAGUGUUAGCAAUCUCCACCAGCUGCCUUACCGCAUAUCUCUGGCUCAUAGAUCCUGCCACUUACGAGGUCAAUUUCUUCCGCUCGCUCAGAAACCAUCCAGAGUUCAUAAUCAGCUUGUUUGCGUUAUCUCUCCUCUUUGUCUCUGGCGCCCAUAAAAAAGUGGUUUUAUCUCGAAUAAUUGCCGAGCGAAGUCGCCUUGUCUUGGCAGAGUACAAUAUGACAUGCGAUUACUCUGGUAAACUGAUUCUACGGCCCCGGCCAACUCCAUGA